AUGAGGAACGUGCGUGACACGAGCGCAUCGAUCAGCAGCCAUGUUCUCCGCCUGCGUGUUUAUUAAAAGGGAGGCGCUAACAGCUCAUAAAUAAAAGCGACGCUCCUGAAAACCGAUCGCCAUCAAAUAAUAAAGAGAGAGAAAAAAAAACGCACGCACACACACACACACACACACACAAGAACAAUUUUUUUCCCACAGGUCCUGUUGUGUGUCGGUGCGGCUGCUGAAGGUCCACAAUGCGCGCGCACGUUACGCGUCUUCUCCUCGUAUCGGUUUGGAUCGUGUGCACCGGUGCAGCUGACUGGUGCUAUCAGACCCAGGUGACCUGUGAUUCACAAUGCAAAGGACCAGAUUCCUGGCACGAGUUGAAUGGAGACUGCAAGAAAAACAGACAGUCACCCAUUAACAUAGUGACCAGGAAAACCAUUCUGGACCACAAGCUCACGCCGUUCAUUUUCAGUGGCUACCAAGAGGCUUUCAGUAGCACCAUGAAAAACAAUGGACACACUGUGACUGCAACUGUGCCACAAUCAUUCACUGUGAGGGGUGGGAAUCUCGAAAGCACCUACAAAGCUGUGCAGUUUCACUUCCACUGGGGAGUAAAUGGAAGUGCUGGGUCUGAACACACUAUCGAUGGAGAGCAGUACCCCAUGGAGAUGCAUAUUGUUCACAUGAAAGAAGAGUUUGACUCUUUAAAAAAUGCUCUAAUGGUCAAACAUGGAGUGGCAGUGCUUGGAUUCUUUUAUGAGAAAUCAAAUAGUGCGAACAGCAAAUAUGGCAAACUCAUAGAAGCCUUGACAAAAUUGGAAAGUACUGAUGCAACUACAAUGCUCAGUGGUCUCUCCCUGAGCAAUCUCCUACCCAGUGAGGAGAACAUGACCAAUUAUUAUCGUUAUGAAGGCUCUCUGACCACCCCAAACUGCACCGAGGGGGUGGUAUGGACUGUGUUUGAACACCCCAUUCCACUGAGCAAUGAGCAGCUCGUUGCAUUCACGUCCCUGAAGUUUAAGGAUGGUAAGCCCAUGAUCAAAACCUUCAGACCAGUGCAGCCAAACCAUGGCUAUCCAGUGUACCGCUCCGGCUGCACUGUCAUUCUGCUCAGCUACACCGUCCUCCUGGCAUGUGCAUGUUCAGCUCUGGGCCUUUCCCGGCUUUACUAGAGGACGAACCGAGCCCCAGUCCAGCAGCACCAUGCACAGAUUUAAAAGCCAAAUGGAUUAACAGACCAAUGUCUGUGUGUGAACAUCACAAUCUACCGGUAUUGUGGAUAGCUUAUCUCGAAAACAGAACUGUGUUUAUUGCUAUCAAUAGAAACCUGCUAAGUACUCUAGAGAGUGACAGAGAGGUUAUGAAUGCCUGACCUUUAUCUGACGGAGGCACAGCCAAACUAGAGCGUCAUGCACAUACAAACACAUACAACACACACAUACAUGCACGAGCAGUCAGCAUGGCCAUUUGUCUGUCAGCAUAGUGUAAUUAUAUUUAUUAAAAUAGUGUAAUUUAUAUUUAUAAUUAUAUUUAUUUACAGGUAAGAUUUGUUCACACAAACACACACACAUACACACACACAUAUACACACAGAUGCACACACGCAAAAGAAAAAUGAACAUUUUAGCAAGAUGUUCUAGUUAGUUAGUUUUAUUUCUAAACCAAGCAACAGGAAUACAGCUCACAGGUCAAAUCUGAGCUCAAUCUGCUCGUCCCCUCUCUUCUGAAAUUACAUUAUAGCAGUGACGCAGGCCGUAAAGGUGAAAGCUGCUACAGUCAUGUAGGCAUGCUAUAAAUAGACAAGCUUGAGAAUUUAAAGUGCACUGUUGCUUAUUUUUUUGUGCAAGACUUCCACCUGCCUUUGUUAGUGAACGUAGAAAUGCAGGGUUUGAUUAGUAUUCUGACAAAAACAAAUCUUGUGGUGGCACUUACAGUCUUAAAAGAUGUUUUAUAUGAAGGGUGGUUUCUUUAGCAUAUCAUAUUUUAGUAUUUUCUGGAUAGUGAACGACAGCAAACCCUCCGAAACUGUAGAAUCUAAAACACAAGACAUUUGCUUCCUUAUAGACACUGCACCAGCUAGCAGAGAAACUCUGGACUCAACUGUUUUUUAUAAAACCUCUAUGUGUUGUAACUAAAUCAGCUCAGUAACCUCAGAUAAUGUAGUCAGCAAAUAUAUUUUACUUUUAUAGCACGCUAGUUGGCUACCAGUCUUGUUGGAUAAUAGUUACAUAAUAAACCUACAAACACUUUGAAAUAUUACAAGUACAACCUCAACUCACAUUUACUAACACCAGCACAGACCCUAAUUCAAAUCUAAUGAUCUAAUGUUUUUCUAAUGUUUUUAGCAAAUAAAUUGAUAUUGAUUCAGUCCAGUCCUAACAAAUAAUCAGUGGCUUUAUAUAUAUAUAUAUAUAUAUAUAUAUAUAUAUAUAUAUAUAUAUAUAUAUAUAUAUAUAUAUAUAUAUAUAUAUAUAUAUAUAUAUAUUAGGGCCGUCAAUUGAUUCUAAAAUUUAAUUACAAUUAUUUGCAUGAUGGUUAACUCGUGAUUAAUCGCAACUUAAUUACACAUAUCUAUUUGUUUUCUUAAAGUUCAACAUUGGCAUGGAAAAAUAUGGAUGCUUUAUGCAAAUGUAUGUUUAUUAUUAGUAAAACCAAACUCAAAUGUUUUGAAGUAAUUAUGGUGUUUUAAUCUACAUAAAUCAUCAGGACACCAAAAAGAACUUUUGCUCUGUUUCCACACAGACAGUUUUAAUUGCCGGAUGUGUGCAUCAUUGCUGAUUUCAGUGCUGAAUUUAAAACUUGGCACAUCAGUAAAACAAAUGUUUAGUGAUUAAAAAAAUACAAAUUUUGGAGAAGUUAAUUUUUUUUCAUAUCUGAGUAAUGAAAGGACGUCAUAAAUAAAUGUGUUGCGAAAAAAAAACCCAAAGCGGUGGAAAUCUCACAACAACAAAAAAGCUGGUGUGUAACUUAUAAAGAUUACAUGGAAAGAGACUGGAUUUUUUUUUAUAAUAAUACAAAUUACAACAUUUGUAACCAUGCUUAUUAGUUUAUUGUCUUUUUUUUUUUUUUUACUUUUUAGAAGCAUCAACGUAAAUUAAGAUCAUUCUGUUGUGACUCUUAACAGGUAGAAAUGUUUUGAGUAUUACUGUGUAAUGUUUUGAGCAUCACCCACUGUGCCAGGUAAAGAUAACUGUUUAGCACUAAUCUGAUCCAAGCUCCAACUUUCUGAAUCUGUACACAUUUAUCCACAUUACUUAUCUCAUCACCUAUUACUACACACUGCAUUAAUCUCUCUAAUAGAAUGAAGUGGCUUAUUUAUUUGUUUUUUUUUCCUCACAUGACUACAUGAAAGUAUCACAUGACCAGUAUUUAUGUUCAUGUUCAGUUUUCUGUAAGUCUCAGAAGAUCUGAAUGAGAAUCUUUUAAAAAAAGAUUUAACUGCAGGAUUUUGCAUAGAAGAACACAGAUGAACAAAGCAGGAAUAAGAAAAGAGGCACAUCAAGAAAAAACCUCUAUUGUGUUAUUUGUACACAUUUGAUGUAUUUAUUUUGGUGUAUGUAAAUAUGUAGAGCACUGUUCUAAUUGGUGAUGUUUGUACUAAUGUCUGAGCAUUUUGGAUGAAGUUUAAUGUAUAAUAUAUAAUGUUGAUUAUAUAUGAUGCUGAUUGCUAGGGAGAUAAAUCUAAAAGUGAUUGCGAAUGAUAUAAAGAUUCUAAUUCAAUAAUAAACUAUAGAAUUGCCUUUUAUGCAUUAAUAUAUUUUUUACAAAAGUAUAUCCAGAUCCUUUAGAUGUUAUUUUUUGUUUAUUCAUAAUGCACGCCCUUUUAUAAAUUAUACAUUAACAUUGAAUGAAUUGUUUAUGUGUAGGAAUACCAAAAACAUAAAAUUUCGUGCUGUGAAAUGAAAAAAAUUCAACAAAAAAUAAAUAAAAAAUACAAUAUUCUGGA